AUGUCCACGAUAGAGAGCAGUGCGUGCUACUUGCCCCUGGCGCUCAUCGACAAAUGCCUCGGGAGUAAAAUUUGGAUCAUCAUGAAGGGCGACAAGGAAAUUGCAGGGAUUCUGAGGGGAUUCGACGACUAUAUGAACAUGGUCCUUGAGGAGGUCACAGAGUACUCGUUUACUCCGGAAGGCAUCAAGACGACCAAGCUGAGUGACGCCCUGGUGAACGGAAACUACAUUGCCAUGCUCGUUCCAGGGGGAAAGCCCGAAGAAUAG